CAGCUCAGAACCUCAGAACCUUUGAGUCAUGGGCCCAUAAUGUGACAGGAGGAAUCAGUUGUGGCUAUUUAUAGUCCAACUGUUUCUUCUAUUUGUCUGGAUUUCACUGAAGUAGCAGAGAGCAGAGAUGCUAACUUCAGCUUUAGGCAGAUGCAGAUGGUCCAGCUGUCUAACUUUGUUUAUGGAUAUAAUUAAACAAAUACAAUUAUCCUGAUGAUCACUAAUAAUGAUCAGAAUAACAAUCCUGAUCAUUAUUAGUGAUUAGGAUCAGCAAUGAUCAACAUCCUCAGCAACAUUGAUAAUGACGGCUACUGAACAAACUUACUAUUUUCACUGAAACUGGAUUUGAUUGAGAGAAAUUUAGUUUUAAACUUUAACUUUUCUAACCUGCUGUAGCAGCUGGCUGUGCCACAAUGCUAAUGCUAGCUAACAUAAACAGGAACAAGUUCCAAGUUAUUCAGUUACAGCUGCUGUUUUAUCUUUUUCAUCUGUGAAAGCUUUAAGUUGCUCUGUCCUUCAGCUUCCUGGCCAAUCAAAUCAAACCAUGAAUCUUUAGCAGCUAAAAUCUAUUCAAGCUUUUUGACAUAAUAAAUUAAACUCCAUCAGCAGCAGCAGCAGCAGCAGCAGCAGCUCCUAAACAGACAUUAUUUGUCCAUUGGGUCUCUAAUCCUCAGUGGCUCAGACAGACAGCCUGCUUCUUUCAGACUCAUGCCCGCCUCCCUCUCCUUCCCUCUGGGGGCCGCUGCCCCUGAACCGGCCUAAAGCAGCAGCAGGAUGUUCGCAGGCUCAGCCUCUGUGCAAGGAAACAUGAGCAGGCGCAGAUAUUCAGAGUCCCGGGCCGCCGGAUAAAACCAGAGGAGGAGACGGCGGUCCGUGUGGUUGGAGCUCAGAAACUCAGGCGGGGAACAUGUGAGCGGGGCAUGGGCGGCUGGGAGCGGGAUUAUUGUUCAGCACAGCCGAGAGACGCAGGAGGGAGCCGGGGAAGGAGAGACGCGGGGACAGUUUUCCUCCACGAACCUUUUGGAUUGGAGCGCAGCAGAGAGAUCUGCGGACCGAGCGGCCAAAGAUGAACACCGUUGUGUUUAACAAGCUGAGCAGUCAGGUCCUGUUUGAGGAGAAGGCGAAGGAAGUGGAAAUGAGCAGCAGAAAUUACCUGGAGGUCAUCGACGGCCAACAUCCAGAUCUCCUCUGCAGCAGCCCGGCCAUCAGAGACAGCCAGGCGGCCAGACACAGGCGGAGCGGGGGUCGUCCCAGCGGCAGCAAAGUGCGACACAAGCGCCAGGCCCUGCAGGACAUGGCGCGGCCGCUCAAGCAGUGGCUCUACAAGCACAGAGACAACCCGUACCCGACCAAGACGGAGAAAAUCCUGCUGGCGCUCGGCUCGCAGAUGACUCUGGUCCAGGUGUCCAACUGGUUCGCCAACGCCAGGAGACGCCUGAAGAACACGGUGAGGCAGCCGGACCUGAGCUGGGCGCUCCGGAUCAAACUCUACAACAAAUACGUUCAGGGCAACGCCGAGAGGCUGAGCGUCAGCAGCGACGACAGCUGCUCCCAAGAUGGAGACAACCCUCAGAGGACACAGAGCGGUCCUGAGGAUCUCACCAAGCCCUUGUACCAGAGCGUCAUCAAGAAGGAAGGCUCCCCCAUGGUGGGCGUGGCCGUCGGCAUGGACCCAGGGCUGCGUUCUGCAGUGGAGGCCGAGGACUACGUGUCUCCACCCAAGUACAAGAGCAGCCUGCUGCACCGCUACCUGAACGACUCUCUGCGACACGUCAUGGUGGCCAACGCUGUCAUGGACGCUCGCAAGAGGAACCACUCUGGCUCCUUCAGCUCCAACGAGUUCGAUGACGAGCUGCUGUCGCCAUCGUCCUCUGAAGCUGAGGCCCACUUCGUCUAUCGAGCCGAAGCCACAGACCAUGGAUCAAGUCAACAUGACAAGGGCAACGGUGACGUCGCAGCGAUGCAGAAGGAGAAGGUGAAGGCCAAAGAUGAGACGUACUGGAAGGAGAUCAACGCCGCCAUGGCCUUGACCAACUUGGCUCAGGGGAAGGACAGCGUCUCCAGGACAACCAGCUGCAUCAUCCAGAAGUCCUCCCAUAUAGCUGAGGUGAAGACUGUUAAAAAACCUUCAGCUGCUGCUGCUGAAGUUUUAGCUCUGACGUUAUCCGUCUACGCAAAGCAGCAAACGUUCCUCUCUCAGCAAACAGAGGCCAAAUAAACUCGCCCUGACAGAGGAACAACUUGUGCUGGAGGAAGUCAGUAUUUGCUCUUAUUGAAAAUGUCUACAAGAUUUCUUGACCAUCCUUUUCUUAAAAUUAGAAACUUUUGUAACUCGUUUUUUAUUACUCUUCUUUUAUUUCUAUUUUUACUGGUACAAAUUUUGUAUUCUCCAAAGUGCCUUUGUUUGUUUUAGCAGAUCAGCUCUCUGAUUGUCCAGAUCUACAACAAACAGAACCUGAUUGCUAUAAAAUAAAAGUCAGCAUCAGUGAAGCUUCAUUGUAACCUUGACUUUGUUCCUUAGACCAGGUGUUUAUAUGAGCCACUAUAGCCUUAAGCAUAUAUGAUUGUUGCCUGGAUAUGUCAACUGGUUCUGUUUUGGAUCAAAACUCUUUAUUUCCUCAUUCUUCCAGUAUAAACAGGUUCUGUUCAUGUGGGUCAUAUUGGACAGAAGUUCAGAAGUAUUGCCGUCUUAUAUUUUCUGACACUCAAACUGUUGUGAUCAGAGACCUCGAGAAAAAACUGUGCUGCACCGUUUUGCAGUUUCUGGUGUUGAAUGUUUCAAAGAGUUCCUGGUUGGGAAUGUGUUUUAACGAAACGAUGAAGGAAAGUCAAACUAAUGAGAGACAAAGUUACAUUACUUCAUCUGGUGGGACAGUAGAAGAACCACAAUCUGUCUGCAUUAUUUUACAGCCAGUCAACAGAACCCUGUUAGGGUCGACAGUACGGUAAAUAAGUCAGGGAGGAGGUGAAAUGAGGACAAACAAUGAAGCUCAUUCCAAUCAUUUUGUAAAUCAAAAGGUUCUGUAUCAGUGAACUGAAGUCAUCGUCUGUGAUCCUGAACAGAACUGAUGCUUUAACAGGGAGGACCUUGUUCCCCCGACAACAGAGGAGUCAUUGUGGAUAUUGUAGCAUCACACAGUAAAUCAGGACACAUAGGGAUGAAACAGGAACAAGAUUACUUUGUUGUAUUUAUAUCAAAGCAAUGGAAGUGGUAACCAUCAGUUUUUAUUAUUUACUAAUAUAUUUGUUUAUUCAGAUGAAGACUGGAUGUUCAAUCCAAUGACCAUGUAUGUAUCUCCUUGUGUUCUCAGAUUUUUUCUCAUGUAAAAUUUCUUUUAUAAAUUGCUGGUUUCUAACAAUGAAUAAACCUCUGAAUGGAA